ACAGCCACACCUCUUUCAUGGAGAAUAAAAAUGAAGAGAAAUUACAGAGUUCUUCUCUUCAUCUUGUUCUGUUUACUUGUCUCUACUACACUAAUACCCUAUCUAUUAUUGGACACUUUAUCAAAUGACCCCGCUACUGAACUACCUACCAUCAUUUCAUCUCUACCUCCUACAGCAAGAAAAGCUCUUGACCUAAGUAAUGAAGAUGAGAGAGUUCUAAAACAGGACAUAAACGAGCUGACUCGUAUUAAACACUCAGUUAGGAACGAGCUAAGAGAAUUAGAGGCACAGCGUGUAAAAAUUGUACAGGACACUGAAAAUCACAAACUAAUCUUAUUUAAAUUACAAGACAACAUUGCUGCUGCCCGAAAAGAGCUACAAAUCACUCAGCAUGAAUUAUCUAAAGUUUCACACGAGUUGUACUCAGCUACUAAAGCGUAUACUCCUCAGACUAUCAUUACAGCUCCACCAAUUGUUAUCUUACCUCGUGCACCUUUUUAUCCAGUUAACGACAAACCACGCUCUCUUUCUAAAUCCAGUCACCUUUUUACUCCAUGUUCGCUGAUGAAGCCAUUCAAAGUAUUUUUAUAUCAAAAUAAUCAAAAAGCCAAUAAAGAAGCUGUUGAAUACCUGAAGGACAUUGAUAGUCUAACUCACAGGAAAGAGGAAGCGUGUCUCCUUGUUUCAAUAGACACUGGCGCCAACACUGAUGAAGAAUACAACAAAGAUGAUCAUGUACAUAUUAUACUGACUCUGCCAUAUUCAUCUCCUUCCCAAUCUUCUUUGUCAAUAAGGCGAGAAGUCCUAACUGCCCAGUCCGUCCCGUCUACCCAUUGGAGGUAUGGUCAUGACAUUAUCAUUCCAUCAUUAGUAGCUGCUAAUGAUCAACUUUGGAGCCUUGUACCAGCUUACAGGCAGUACUAUUUCUAUUUUGAAGGCAAGCCAGUCACAAAGUACGACAGGGACUUUUCUUUAUGGCUACAGAAAUUGACUGGUGGGACAAAAGGUGACGUAUACAUUAAAACCAAUUGCAGUACAUUGAAUAUCACAAGGAUAUCGGGUGGUUGGGGUUUAUGUGGUGAUGAUAAAUCAAGAUCGUUAUUAUUAAUGAAAUCGACUUAUUCGUUAAUCGUAUCUGCUAAUAAUAGCAUUGUGGAUUAUAUAAGAUUAUCUGAGUCGUUAGCUUAUGGCUCUAUACCAGUAAUCAUAGGCAAAAUGGAUCUACCAUUCGGAUCAAUAUUGGAUUGGAACAGUGCCUGUGUUACAAUACCUGUUACUGAAGUUCAUGAAAUAUAUUAUAUACUACACAGGAUAACUCACGAUCGGCUACUAGAGAUGAGAAGGAUUGGUAAAUUCUUUUACGAUACAUAUUUUAGCUCUUCCGUUCAGAUAAUAAAGACAGUGAUAUCAAUAAUGCGCUAUAGAAUGAACCAUCUGCCACCUCUGGUCACUGACUACCAACCAAAGAGGAUUAAAACUUACGGCAUUCAAAUAAACCACUUUGAUUCACCUCAGUUUAACGGAAGCAUGUCAGUCUAUACGUAUGAGUUCUGGAACCGGCCCCCUGGACCAUUUUACAUGUAUCCGCAUUCGCCUGCUUACAGCCCUUCUCCUGUUUCUGGUAGCCAUUAUCCAACCAUGUCACCCAACGAAUUAAAAAAACUCCCUCCUCAUAUUGUUCAAGCAGCUGGCAUUACUGGACCAUAUUUUCAAAACUAUUUGCUAGGGGAUGUCCCAGGGGAAUACUUCACAGUAGUAAUGCUCACCUAUAGAAGGGAAGAAGUUGUUAAGGAGUCUAUUGAGAGAUUGAAUGGACUUGAUCAUUUAGCAAAAGUCAUUGUUGUAUGGAACGAUCCUGACACUUCUCCUUACACCAUUGAAUGGCCAACCCUGUCUGUCCCUGUAGAGGUAAUAUGGUGUGAAGUGAACAGUUUAAACAAUCGCUUCUUGCCAUUUAAUGGAAUAAAGACGGAAGCCAUCCUCUCCAUCGAUGACGAUGUCUACCUCAGACAUGAUGAAAUACAGUUUGCUUUUAGGGUGUGGAGAGAAUCUCGUGAUAGACUAGUUGGAUUUCCUGGCAGAUUCCAUUCCUACGACAUAAAGCACAAUUCCUGGCUUUAUAAUUCAAACUACACCUGUGAGCUAUCAAUGGUGCUUACCGGAGCCGCCUUUUUUCACAAAUAUUAUUCGUAUUUGUAUUCGUUAUGGCAGCCAGUGGCUGUAAGAGAUAUGGUUGAUAGUAAGAUGAACUGUGAAGACAUAGCUAUGAAUUUCUUAAUUGCUCACGUUACACGGAAGCCUCCACUCAAGGUUACAUCAAGAUGGACUUUUCGUUGUCCCAACUGUCCGGAAGCUUUGUCUCAAAACGAAGCCCAUUUUAACGAGAGACACUCCUGUAUCAACAGUCUCGUUAAGAUUUAUGGAUAUAUGCCUCUGUUAUACACUCAGUACAGAUUGGACUCUGUUCUAUUCAAGACAAGACUGCCUUCUCAUUUAGAAAAAUGUUAUCAAUAUGUUUAAUUCAGAAAUAAUCACUGUGCAUAGUUAGUCUUAUUUCUUAUCAUUGCUCAAUGAAUGUUGUUGAUUGUAAUUGAA